AUGCCCUCGGCUGUGCCGGGGCUCUCGACUCCCGCUCCACCGUACCAAGACGCAACAGCACAAGCGUCAUCGCCUACCCCAACUCCUUCUACUUCCACGCAACCAUGUUCCACCAGUCAUCAGGCUCAGGUGGCCACAACGUCUCCGGCAAAGAGAAAGCGAGUCAGGCGCGAUGUCGCAACUGUUGCCGAAUGGGCUCGACUGCACGCCGACUGUGGAUGGACUUUGGCCCGGAUUGCAGAGGAAUUUGAGACUAUGCCCUCUACGAUCUUUAGCGCUAUCAACCCCCCCGCUAGAAAGAAGGCAAAGAUCACGGACGAGAUGGUGCCUACAGUCAUUAGGACCCUGAGGUCGCCAGCUGCGAGCCUGCAAGACCUCCAGGAUGCCAUUGUAGCUUCUCACGGCGAUGUUGUCCCGAUGGAUCAGAUCAAAUCACUCGUUGCUCGAGAUGUUCAUGGUCGACUCACACCUCUGCCGGUACGUCUUGGCCUUCAUGAUCCUCUUGCCGAAGAGAAGUUCAGGCAGGAUCUCGAGUACCUUGAUCCCAACGACACCCGCAACAUCAUAUGGGUCGGCCAAGCCCAAGCGCACAUCACUCUCUGUAAUGGCAAUACCAAAUGCAAGGAUUUGACCGGCCCCAUUCUCCCACCAGGCGAUUUGAGCAACAAGUACCUCAUAACAACGGCAGUCGUGGCUAUGACCUUUGACACUACCAUUUACGACCGCACCUACUUUGGUCUCCUGCCUCGAGAGGCUCCCGCUGAGCACGACGAAGAGGGAACACCAAUCGUUAAUAGCGCUUGGACGAUAUGGCAGGCUCUAGCGGCAACUGUCGAGCAACAAUACUGGUCUUUCCAGGGAGAGACACUGUACAUGCCCACCUGCAUAAUCGUCGACGAGUCGGUACUGGACGCCUUCCCUGUACUGGCCGACUUGUGGGCAGCCAGCAAGUGCAUCUUCUACAGACUGCCGCCAUGCUUGCGCAAUCUCAGUCCUGUACAUGCGUAUGCCGAAGACCUCCCUCCUAUCGUCUGUCGCAAGCAGGACACAGAAGUCCAAGAUGACCUGGUGCAGAGGCACAUUCUGAAGCACUGGGACACUUUAUCUCCGGCGUUUUCAGAGAGGGCUUGUCGAAAGCUAGCUAAGUUCAGGAACGGAAACGAAGAGCCGAUCACGGCAACGAACCGCAGACUGCUCCGUGGGGAAGACCAUAGGGAGAACUCACCCGAGAUGAUAGAUGGAGAGGCCAGCUUUGCGGCCCUUGAAGAUGACGAGAUGUCUAGCUCUUCCUCCGACUUUCCAGACCACUUGUUGCCUCGCAGAGGUCUUGAGGAUGGACAUUCGACAUGUCAAACAGCAGAACGUCAUGUAUCUUCAGUCGCAAGCUCUCGCUCUGGGCGUCGAGAGCGAGGGCCACCACAAGGGUCGUCUGCUGAUGGGACCAACACCAGACGUCAGCGAGGACCAAGAUUCUCGACGGCAUCUCUGUCCGGUUCGGAGCAACGAGCAAACAGACAGUCCGACAUGCCUCCUGAUACUCAUACGACUACGCCGGGUGUGUCACCUUCUCAUGCUGCAGAUUGA